ACUUAAAUAAUUCAACAGGCUUUCUUAUGGGACUUUUAAUUUUAACUUUUCUUAUCGGCUUUUCCGCUAAUGCUUCAUAUCCCCAUGAUCGCACAUUCUUAUAUUCAUCAUCAUAUGACAAUACUGUUGGAACUUUAAAUUUACCGGAACAAUCCGGCCAAUCACAAUUAACGUGCACAUCUUUGUUUGCCGUAUGUGCAUAUCCAAACCCAGAAUGCGUGGUUCCAAAUUCUAAAUUUUAUUGUGAAAAAUUUAUCAGUCAAAUAAUAACAAAAUAGACAUAAAUAAAUAUAUUCUUACCAAUACCAACAACAACACAACAAUUAUACAUGUUUUAUCAGUAGAAUGAUUUUAU